AAAAACCAAACCAGUUUGAACUUUAGCUCAACAUUAAAUAAGAAAAGCCCUGAAAAUAUUAGGAGAAAAUAUGCAAGAAUUGAACUAAUUGUUGUUUUCCAAGUUUCAAAUCAUUCCUGUUGUAUUUAUACUGUUUAAUAUUUCUUAAAAAUGUAUUCUUCACCUACUCUCACCUCCCUCUUUUUACUUAGCACUUGUUUGUCUUGAUUUUUUUGUGUUUGCUUUGGGUUUUUUUGUUGUUGUUUUCAUCUGUACUGGGGUUUGAAUUCAGGGGCUUCGUGCUUGUUAGGCAGGCGCUCUACCACUUGAGCCACUCCACCAGCAGCUUAGUUUUUUUAAUACACUUUAAAACAGACGCAUAGAAUUAUUAACUUUUUUUGGUGCUGGGAUUCAAACCCAGAGCCUCAAGCAUUCUAGGCAAGCUGUACCAUUUAGAUAUAUCCCCAGCCCACUAUUAAAAAUUUAAAAGAUAAUCAUAUCAUAAUUUAGAUAAGGAUUUAAUUGAUAUGAGCUUAAGGAAAGACUUUGUAAGAAUAAGAACAGUAGGAGAUCAUAAAGUAAAAAACGGGUAGAUUUGAUUGCAUAUGAAUUUAAAGUUUCCGCAUCAAAAAGCCCAAACAGGAAAGACCUGAGAAUUGAGAAGUUUGCAUACCAGGGUCACAGUGCCUGAUACACAGGGAGGACUGAAUUGUGUGUGUGUAUAUAUGUAGUCCUAACCCUCAACCUCAGCUAGCCCCUUAGCACCAUGCCUCUGGUGUCCUGCUUGAAAAACGGCUGCUCAUUGAUGAUGGUGUCAUGAGGAAGAGAGACUGUUGCCAAUGCCAGAAGAUGCCCUCUGGACAGUAGUGGUAUGUAGGACCAGUCAGCCCGUCAAGAGGUAAUUUAUCCUCAGCAUUCCAAACUUACUGAUAAGGAAAAAACCAAUAUUUGCUAUUUAUCUUUUCCAGAUUCAAAUUCAGGUUGUCUGGGAGAUACCCAGUUUUGUUUUAGAUUUCGACAGUCUUCUGGAAGGAGGGUGUCACUGCAUUGUCUCCUCGAUCAAUUUGACAAAGACUUACCAGUUUACUUAAAGAAAGAUCCUGCUUAUUUUUAUGGAUAUGUGUAUUUUCGACAAGUUCGAGAUAAAACUCUUAAAAGAGGCUACUUUCAGAAGUCAUUGGUUUUGAUCAGCAAACUACCUUACAUUCAUUUUUUUCACACCGUGCUCAAACAGAUAGCACCAGAGUAUUUUGAAAAGAAUGAACCUUAUUUAGAAGCAGCCUGUAAUGAUGUUGAUCGAUGGCCUGCCCCAGUGCCAGGGAAAACAUUACAUCUGCCUAUCAUGGGGGUAGUAAUGAAGGUGCGGAUUCCCACAUGUCAUGACAAGCCUGGGACAACUCAAAUAGUGCAGUUAACUCAGCAGGCAGAUACAAACAUAUCUGUUAUUUUACCUACUGUUCAUGAGGUGGAUCUUUUCAGGUGUUUUUGCCCGGUUUUUCUUCAUAGCCAGAUGCUUUGGGAGCUGGUGCUAUUGGGGGAGCCCCUGGUGGUCAUGGCACCAUCUCCAUCAGAGUCCUCAGAGACUGUACUGGCUCUUGUUAACUGUAUUUCUCCAUUGAAGUACUUCAGUGAUUUCCGACCUUAUUUCACGAUUCAUGAUAGUGAAUUCAAAGAAUAUACUACGCGUACACAAGCUCCGCCCUCAGUCAUAUUAGGAGUAACCAACCCUUUUUUUGCUAAAACACUCCAGCACUGGCCACACAUUAUUCGGAUAGGAGACCUUAAACCUGCAGGUGAAAUUCCUAAACAAGUUAAAGUGAAAAAAUUGAAGAACCUAAAGACUUUGGAUUCUAAACCUGGAGUUUAUACUUCUUACAAGCCAUAUCUGAAUAGAGAUGAAGAGAUCAUAAAACAAUUACAAAAGGGUGUCCAACAGAAGCGUCCUUCAGAGGCUCAAAGUGUUAUUCUUAGACGCUAUUUUUUAGAAUUGACACAAAGCUUCAUCAUUCCACUAGUAAGUAAACAAAUACAUCUUUGUCUAAUUUAAUGAUUUGUUGAAGGGUAUAUGAAUAUUUUUCCCAUACUCUAAAACUUACCCUUUUUUUGUGGGCAGAGGGAGGUACUGGGGAUUGAACUCAAGGCCUCACACAUGUUAGGCAAGUGCUCUACUUCUGAGCCACAUCCCCAGCCAGACCUUAUUUUUGUUUGUUUGUUUUUGAAGCAGAGUAUCCUAAGUAGCCCAUUCUGGCCUUCAACUCGUGAUCCUCCUGCCUUAGCCUCCCAAAUGUUGAUAUUGCCAGCACCACCACAUCUAGCUUAAAAACCUCAUCGUCAUUCCCCCACACCUCACUGGAACUUGAACUCAGCCUCAUCUUAAAACUUUAUCUUAAAUUGUGUGUUUUACCACUUAGUAUGUUUAGUGAUUUAGUGAUUUAAAAAAGUGCCCUUUACAAGAGACCAGAAUUCUUCAUUCUCGUGUUAACUGUGCAAGUUUGGUAAGUCAGUUCCUCCCUCUAACCCUUAGUUUGCUUAUCUAUAACAUAUGACUGAUUCUAUUUACCCUUAAUUACCUUUUAGGUUUGUUUUGAAUGUAUUUUUUAUUUAUUUAUUUUUUUGGUGGCACUGGCAUUUGAA